UAUGUGUGAAGAUCACUUUGAUAUAGAAAAAGAUACAACAAACUACUUGAAAUACAAAAUGGGCUUCAGUCAGAAGAUAUUUUUGACAGAUGAGGCUGUACCGACAAAAUUUCAUUGUCAAGAGGAUCGCAAGAGACGACUGUCCCCUCAAGCUGGACCUUCUCGAGAUACGUCCCUUAAAAGGCAAAGAAAAAGUCUUGUUGCGGAAUGUUUGGAAAGUCAAAGCACUACUGAAACGGAUGUUGAAAGUAUGAAUCAACAACAUGACAGUAUUAUAGUACAAGAUACUGUUAUGCUGGAAGAAAUACCAAAAACUCUAGACAAAGAAACUUCUACUGAAACUGUAGUAACCGUUGAAAAAUCUGUUCAAGUAACAACUAAAGUGACUAAACAUUUUAGGAGCAAAGCUGUGCAAGUACGGUCACAAAAUAAAAGUAUUUCUACCUCACCGUCCAAAGUGUGUACAACAUCCAGUUUCACUUCACCCUUGAAAAUUGAACCAUGUCGUCUUCAUCCAUCACACUCAGGAGCUGUUAACGCAGUGAAGAAAAAGAUUGUCCUUGAAGAUGAAAGAUCAGACAGUGAAAUAUCUUGUUUGGAAAGUGGCCAUUUGUCUCCUUUUGUACUUACAUCUACAUCAUCAUCAUCAAAAGUGACUGACUCUGAGAGUUUUGCCACCGAGACUGAAGAUAUGGAAAAAAUGCAGUGCCUUAAAAAUACUAUGCGUUUGAUUGAAAACAAACCUACAAUGUAUAUUGGUAUUUCCAAAGACUGUUAUUUUUUGAUUCAGUUAAUUCAUAAGCACACUAAUAUAAAAAUUGAACAUAUUUUACUUUGUUUAAAGAAAAUUAGACUAAAUAGCACAUUUUCAGAAUUAGAAGAUAAUUUUGGAAUAUCUCUAUCAUAUGCAAGUAAAAUAUUUUUGUCUAAUAUCCCAAUAUUAAGUAGUGUAUUAAACAAAUUUAUUGUUGCUUUAGACAAAAAAAACAUAAAAAAGAAUCUCCCAAUUGCAUUCAGGCACAAUUAUUACAAUGUCAGUUGUAUCAUUGAUUGUCUGGAAAUCGAUAUACAGAAACCCUCCAAGGCUUUAUAUCAGGCAUUAACAUGGUCAGACUACAAAAAAGGGAAUACUGUGAAGUAUUUAAUUUCAUGUACACCUAAUGGUUUAGUCAAUUAUGUAUCACAAGGGUUCGGUGGCAGAACCAGUGAUGUCACCAUAGUAGAAAACUGUAGCUUUAUAAAUGGGUUAGAGCCAGGAACUUACAUCUUGGCUGACAGAGGCUUUAAGCACCUUGAACCUUUACUUCAUGCAAAAGGAAUUAAAUUAUUAAGACCACCUAGUGUAAGUGCUGGUGCAAAAUUGACUAAAUCUGAAGUUCGACAAACUAAAAUCAUUGCAAGCUUACGAAUUCAUAUUGAAAGAGUCAUAAGACGAUUAAGGGAAUUUCACAUGUUAAAGCAACAUUCAGUUAUAAAUACAAAUAUGCGUCGUUUCCUUGACCAUAUUAUUAUUAUUGCUUGUGCACUAAUUAAUUUGCAGGAUUCUCUAAUUAAAUAAUGUGGCUAGCUAGUUAAGGAAUCAAAAUGAAAUAAUAUAUUUUUACCUUUAUAAAAUGUUUUUUAUUGCUCACUCACAUAUAUUUGUAUUACAUAGUAAUAUGGGGUAUAUAUUGUGUUUCCAAAAUGAAUCUAAUUUAUUUAUUAAGUUAUUUACAUAAUCAUCAUCAUAGUAUUCUAAAAUGAUGUCAACUUUUUGUGUCUGCUCGAAGUUACUGUCCGCUACACAAAAAUAACAUUUUUGCAGACCAGUUGCAUACAUUUGCAGUUGCACCUGCGCUCUACAUUUUUCAGAAAGGAUGCCAUUUUUUAUAUAAUUUCCUUUAGAUUUGGUCUUAGUAGGACACUUUAUUUCUAUAACAGCAUCGUUCAUUACACCGUCAGGAGAUGCAGCAAUCACAGGAUUGUCUUUACAGAUAUAAAGCCCGCAGGAAGUUAUUUUUUUUUUCAAUUUCUUGCUUACAGUCUUACGGACAGAAAGUUCUAAUUUUCUACCUCUUUUCAUGGCCACUGUAUCAGGAAUUUUCGCACCCAUUAUAGUGGCCACUAAUGUUCCAUCAGGUGUGUGGCAGACACUAGCUUCAUGGGCCUUUGAAGCAGUUAUGCGGCCAUACCGCAUCUCAUACCAUAAGCUACUUUUAUUCUGCUGCCUUGUUGCUUCUUCUACACUUUUGAUAAUGUCACUUGUGAAUGUACUUUUCAUUAUGCCUAAGAGCAUGUCUAUAUCAUUUUUAGUUUCUUGAGGUAGAUUUAUCA